GGCACUUCAUUCCUCCUUUCGCUCUCCCUUCCUCAUCCUCCAUCAUCCCCGUCCGCUCACACUUUGUGAGAAGUACGCAUUUGCUGUUCAUAGAGAACAGCAUACUGGAUGACUGUGCCCGAUUCAUACGACACCUUCUUCCAGGCUCAAACCUGACUUCGAGUCACAUGCAGUUUCCUUCGCUGCAUUGGGGUUGAUUUCGUCUUCUCUUCCCUGCAGUAGCCACUGCCGACAAGGCCGGAGUUCAGUCCAGUAUUGUACGACCAGUGUCUGCUCUACUAACCUCCAGUGUUUAGAGACCCUGUUUCUGAUCCCCCUAUCCAUGUUCUCCUAUCAGUGCCCAGUUCUCUCUGUGUAGUGUUGUCUGAGGUUGUCAUGGCUAGAGUCAAACAAAAGACUGGAAAGCUUGCGGCUGGAGGUGCUUCCACCCAAGCAAGGCAAGCUGUAAAGCAAAGAAACAAACACAAAGUGGUUGUGGAAAACACUUCCCAAGAGAAGAACAAACUGCGGAGCGUGGUCACCUUCCGCGCGGACCCGCCUCCAGGCUAUACCUUCAUACCUGCUGGAAACCCUGAGCUUACAGCGGCGCUCAAGGAGUUUGCCCGGAGAGGCGACCACAAAAUUUUUGCUGUCACGACCACGCCGCACGCUGAUCGCCAUGAACUGUCAAGGGAAGUACAUCGUGUUGGAUUUCAUUUCCCCACCAGUGUAGUCGCCCAAGUUUGUGCGCAUUAUGGCAUCCGUCUUACCAGUGGAGGCAAGGUCAUCGAUGAGUCCAAGGAUGACAAACUCUUCACUCAAGUCUAUCAGAAUGGUCGCCGUCCCGUUGAGGAAGAAAAAGAUCAAAUUACCAUCAAUACCGAAGCAAAACAGACUAUCAAGGACCUUUUCCCGAACAUCCCGGACAAGGAUCUGUUCCAGAUCAUCAAGACCGCCUUUCAGAAGGGCGACAACAGAGUGGGUACCGCUGAUGAGAUCCCUCUUGUGCGUAGAGCACAGCUCUCUGUUGUUGCGCAUAUUCGACAUAUGUAUACCCAAUAUGACAAGUUGUUGAGGAAAGUGCCGUACAACGACGCCAGGCACAUGGUCGAGCAAGAUACCCUGAAAAAGAUAAUUGAAUGGCGUGGCGAUGAAGAUAGUACGGAUGAAGCCACGCAACGAGCCGCCGACGAUCUUCUGAGAGAAGUCAUCGUCAUCUCCGAUGAGGAAGCCGGCGAGACCGAGUCCGAUGAUGGCCAGCAAGUCGCUCACGACAAUGUGCAACUCGAGGAGCUUCCCAGCGCUACUUACGGCCCAGGUUCCGGUCGACCUCGGUCACCUCUACUGCAAUCCGCACGUCGCGAAGAUACAAAUCAGGACUACCAUGACCUACCCCGGGUGGUACGUCGCUACCAGCUCACCGAAGACGAGAUUGCCCAAAGAAAUCGUAGUAGGUACGCUGUAUGGGAUCAAGCAAGGCGAGACUACCGGGCUAGGGCUGCGCAACAACCUGUCACCGUUGUGGAGAGGAUUUAUGAGCCUGAGAGCUCGGCCUCGCGCAUCCUUGUCCCGCUGGACCCCCCUUCAUAUCCCGUCAGGUCCCAGGAGCCCCCUCUGCCCACGGGCAGAGACGACUAUGAGCCGCGUCAAAUCCGUCGGCCAAGUCCACCCACCUACAUCAGAGGCGCAGAUGGAACCUUGUAUGAGCGAGUUACUACACGGUCCCGUGGCGUGGCUACAGAACCCCCGACAAGACACGAUGACUACGCAUUGACAGCUAUGCCGCGGCCUUUGCUGGUGGCGAAGACGCGCCCCUCCUCGCCCGAGGGCUACCCAUAUCGCGAUCACCGCCAUCUGGAUCCUCAAGGUGCAGACGCUACAGUUCUCCCGUCAAUCGAGGGAACUGAUGGAUCAUACCUCUCUCCACACGAACGCCAGAAUCCGUUCGACCGGCUCGAACGCCGCCCAGAAGCCCGUGAGACUAACAUACCAAGAGAAGACAGCUGCAAUCGCCGAGAAGCCGCUCUUAUUGACCUUCCAGCCAGUCUGGAGCAAUCUUCGAAGCGACGUCGACUGGAAGAAAUUCCAAUGUCGUCAGAGUACCGGACUUCCAUGCCGGGCCCUCUUGAUGGUCAGCGUGACCGCCUGUAUUUUACGCAGUCUCGUCAGCCAGGGUAUGCGCGUGCCGAAGCUCGUGUCAUUGACUACGGUGAGCCUCGCUCAAGCCCACGGUAUCGCCAGCCAGCCUCUGCGCGAGAACCCCUUGGUUAUGUUGAGCAUCAGUCUGUCUAUGAUACUCGUAAUGCCCCGCCCCAUGAACAACCCAGUCUCCGAGCCUUCCCUGCUGUGCAUGACAGAUACGACACCGCAAACAAGCAAUCCCAUUAUCCUGUGCAGAGCAACGGCUUAAGGCGCUCAGAUGAGUUUGAGACCAAUACGCCAAGGCGGUUGGAUCAACACUUUUCUACUUCUGAGCGCCUCGUGUAUGAACCCAGGUUUGACUCCCGUGGCUAUGAAAACCAACAUGCUACGGAGCGCACUACGACUGUCAUGGCGCAUUAUGCAGAUCCCAAUCCCAGACAAACUCGCCCACGUUGCACAUACCAAAGCAUGUCCACUGUUCGUGAACCAGUGGUAGAGGUACCGGGUCAGCACGAGUAUGAUCACCGGCAAGCUACUACGGCAGGCCAGUAUGGUCAGUCUCGCCGGUGACCGCAGAUGCAUUGUUCCAUUUUGUUAUCUUUCGGCAUAGCCUUUGUGAAUCGCCUCUUUGACAGGCCUGUGGGGACUUCGGGCGGCACAGAUCAUGAGUGUUUAACAUGAGCAUUUCCUGCUGUACAAAUCGACAACGAUGUUGUGUUCUUUUUCAGGACCUUGUCUGUCAGUCCAAAAACGAAGAGAUGAUUGCAUCAGGAGCGGGCGGAGCGAAUAUGCGUUUCUGUUUUCAUCAGCGACGCCACAAGGCAUGAAGCGCCUGCAUGGGCGGUGUUGUCAUGUUUAUGUGUAACGCAAUCCUUUGAGAUACCCAUUCGGCGAUAGGCGGAGUCUAGGCUCACGUACUGGGUAUCUUGUUGACGGCUAUGGAAGAGUGCUGCAUUUUGAGAGUGGUCAGAUGGGCAACCAUGGGGGAGAGGGGGUCCUUAAUGGCCUUAUGUAGACUCUGGUUGAAAGGACCACAGGGCUGUCCAUAGUUCCAAUGCCUUCGAGGGCAUGGGGGAUGUCAGCAGCAGAUCAGAAGAAAUAAACACAAUGAGAUGCAAAAGGAGUGAUCCGCAAUGUCCUGUUGCUGCAGGCGCACCGUGCCAUCUGACCA